AUGUGUUCUGAGGAGAUCCUUGUCAACAUCCUGGAUGAGUUGGUACAAGAAGAAUUCAUGCGCUUCAAAUGGCACCUGAUGAAUGAGACCUGGUAUGGAAUGCAGCCCAUCAAAGCCAGCAAGUUGGAGGGGGCUGAAAGGCUGGAAGUUGUUGACCUGAUGAUGCAGAAGAACCAUAUUAGUGGGGCUGCAGUAAUCAUGGGAAACAUUCUUAAGAAGAUCAGAAGGAAUGACCUAGUGAAGGAGAUAGAACAGCUGACUGAAGGUCAAAGGUCAACUCAAGAGGUUGUUAGUCAAUGUCAACGGGACCUUAAAGUGUCUCUGAAGAAGGAGUUUGAAUGUGUCUCUGAAGGCGUUGCUAGAGCUGGAGAGAAAACCUCUCUAGAUGAGAUCUACACAGAGCUCUAUAUCACCAAGGGAAAGGCUGGAGAGGUCAAUCAUCAACAUGAGGUGAGAAGGAUUGAAGCAGCAUCCUGGAAACAAAACAGAGCAGGAACAACAAUCAGACCAGAAGACAUCUUCAAUCCACCUGGAGGAAGGGAUCAGAUCAGAACCGUGAUGACGAUGGGCGUGGCUGGCAUCGGGAAAACAGUCUUAACACAGAAGUUCACUCUGGACUGGGCUGAAGGCAGAACCAACCACAACAUCCAGUUCAUAUUUCCAUUCACCUUCAGAGAGCUGAAUGUUCUGAAAACAGAGUUCAGCUUGGUGGGACUGAUCCAUAAACACUUUAAGCCAAUCAGAGAUGCAGGGAUCCACAGCUUUGAAGACUUCCAGGUUUUGUUCAUCUUAGAUGGUCUGGAUGAGAGUCGACUUUCUUUCCACCACAAUAAGAUCCUGACUGAUGUUACAGAGUCCACCUCAGUGGAUGUUCUGCUGACUAACCUCAUCAGGGGGAAACUGCUUCCCUCUGCUCUCCUCUGGAUAACCACACGACCUGCAGCAGCCAAUCAAUUCCCUCCUGAGUGUGUUAGCAUGGUGACAGAGGUCAGAGGGUUCACUGACCCACAGAAGGAGGAGUACUUCAGGAAGAGGUUCAGAGAUGAAGAGAAGGCCAACAGGAUCAUCUCCCACAUUAAAAGAUUAAAAAGUCUCUUCAUUAUGUGUCACAUUCCCGUUUUCUGCUGUAUCACUGCUGGUGUUCUGCAGGGUUUGUUGGAGACCAGAGAUGGAGGAGAGCUGCCAAAGACACUGACUGGGAUGUACAUCCGCUUCCUGAAACUUCAGAUAAAAAAAAAGGGAGAAAAGUUCAGUGGAGGUGCUGGCGAAGAUGAAGAAAUCAGGAAGAUGGUUCAGUCUCUGGGAAAACUGGCUUUUGAGCAGCUGUUGGAAGGAAACCUGAUCUUCUAUAAAUCAGACCUGGAAAAGUGUGGCAUCGACAUCAAAGAUGCUUCCUGGUUUUCAGGAGUGUUUACUGAGAUCUUUAAAGAGGAGAGAGGGAUGGGUGACACCUCAGUCUACUGCUUUGUUCAUCUGAGCUUCCAGGAGUUUCUGGCUGCAGUCUACAUGCUCCACUGCUUCAUCAUCAGGAACACAGAGGUGGUGGAGAACUUCCUGGGAGAAAGAUACAGAGAAACAUCUCUGGAGGACUUCAUUAAAAAAGUCAUGGAGAAAUCCCUCAGGAGUCCAAAUGGCCACCUGGACCUGUUUGCUCGCUUCCUUCAUGGCCUCUCUGUGGAGUCCAACCAGAGCCUCUUAGGAGGCCUGCUGGCUCAGAUGGAGAACAGUCCAAGAACCAUCCAGAGAGUCAUCAACAAUCUGAAGCAGAUGAACACUGAUGGUGGUGUCUCUCCUGAUAGAAGCAUCAACAUCUUCCACUGUCGUCAGGAGAUGAAGGACCUCUCAGUUUAUCAGGAGAUCCAACAGCUCCUAAAAUCAGGGAAGGAGCUCUCAGAGAGCCAGUGCUCAGCUCUGGCCUACAUGCUGCAGAUGUCAGAUGAGGUUUUGGAUGAGUUAGACCUGGAGAAGUACAACACAUCAGAGGGAGGACGACGUAGAAUGGUUCCAGGUGUGAGGAACUGCAGAAAGGCUAGGUGA